GCGAAGUACAGCCUUUUCGACCUUUUUGGCUUUCCGUAGAUCUGAGGCUCGGCGCGCUACGCAGCGGGUACUGGUGGGAAAGUUUGUGUGUGUGUGUGUGUUUGUGCCGCUGUGUAUUCCUUCAAAAAGCAUGGCGCUUAACUUUCAGUCAUCCACCCUUUCUCUGACUUUGCCGAUUUCAUGCCAGAUAUGUCUCGGAAAGGUCAGGCAGCCGGUCAUUUGUGCCAACCACCACGUGUUCUGUUCCUCCUGCAUGGAAAUGUGGUUGAAGAAAGCUAGCCAAUGUCCCACCUGCAGAGUCCCCAUCACAGCAGAGAACCCCUGCAGGGAAAUCAUCGGAGGCACAAAUGAUCACAAUGAAAGCCCUUCCAUGAGGAAAUGUCUCAGAAAAACCAGAGGAGAACUGCUUUUGCGGGAGUAUGAGGAGGAACUUGAAGGGCUCAUCAGAGAAAACGAGGAGCUGAAAACAAAAAAUCAAAGUCUGGAGUCACAACUGAAGACUGCUUUGGAUCCCUGCAGCAUUAAUACACUGCCAAGUGAUGACAAAAAAGUUGACCCCUUUGUCCUGGAAGAAUGGAGCAACAAGCUGCGCGCUGCCACCGAUGUUUGUGAUAAAGUAAAGCAGGACAUGGAUAAGCUAAAGGAGGCAAAUAAGGCAUUACGAUCUCAAAAUGUUGACCUUGUACAAGAGAAUAUGAGAUUGAAAGCAGAGGUGGCAAGCAGAUCUCCUCAGAAGUUUGGUCGUUAUACAGUGGCAGCACUGGAAGCUAAAAUCCAGCUGCACGAGCGGGAUGUGGACCACUUAAAACGGGCUCUGGAGCGCAGCGACCAGUACAUCGAAGACCUGGAGUCUCGGGUCAGAAAGUCCGAGAAGAGACGCCUUGAAGGGCAGGAAGCAUGCUGGAAGAGCGAGGCCGACGCAGAAUCUCCCACACAGCCACACAAAAUCAGCAUGAUGAUGAGAAGCUUGAGUGACAAUGAGAGGGAGUCAAUCUGCAGCAAUCCACUGGCAGAAGGUGGGACAUUUUCUAGACAUAACAGUUUGAUCUUCAUGCCGUCUGCAGAUCACAUAGAGUCUAAGAAGAAUCUGACAGGAGACCAGAAAACCAACGGCUUGGAAAGCACCUCCUCUCACCUUUUGCCCACCACUCCGUCCUCUGCCUUCCGGUCCCUGACUCUGAGAAGCCCUGGCGUCCGUGAAAAGAAAGUUGCAUUUAAACCUGCAUCUUAUCUGAGGAGGCUCGAUUUUGAAGACUUUCCUAGUCCUGGCAAAAGUAGCAGCACCAUGGAGAACCAGUAUAUCAGCCUCACCGACUUGCCUCCCAUUACUGACGCGGAUCCCUCAAAGGCUGUCUUCUGGGGCGGUUGGCAGAGAUCCAAAUCUAGUGACGAGUCACGUCCAGGUCCAAGUAAAGACAUCUCAGUUAAAGAAGGUGAAGAUGACGACGAGCCUGGGGGUUUCCCGAUUUCCAGCGAGGCCUCCAUGGAUGCAGCUUACAUGGACAAAAUCUCAGAGUUGGACUCCAUGAUGUUGGAUGGAGAGAGCACCGGUAGCCGGGGAUCCCAGCUCUCCCUGACUUCGUCACCUCCCGCAGACUUGGACAACACUCUCAUCCCAGAACCACAAACCUGCCGGGAUGGCCCGUUUCAGCAGUGUGACCAGAAGAACCGCCCACCACGUGUCAACGUGGGUGGCACCUUGAAUGAGAAAGAGGCUCCAAGUGGCUCUGCAGAGGAAAGUAGUGCUGCACCGGUGUCAGAUAGGGAGAGCGGUGCCAGUGUCCCUGACUGUGCAGGGCACGAAGGGCCCUCUCAGACUGAUGAACUGUCUUUUGACUUGCUGUUUGAUUCACUGGAAGAGAAUAAGGCCGGUCCUUCUGGCUCUCUCAGUCCAGCAAGCCAAGACCAUGAUCACGUAAACCUUUCCUCCUCCCCCAUCUGCACUGGGAAACCUGCGAACACAACAAGAGACAGACACACACUGAACAUCAGCCAGCCGACAAAGAGGAAGUCUCACAGUCCUUUUAACACAAGCAGUCCCACAAAACUUUCAAAGCUCAUGUGAAGAUUGUCAAAACGGAGCCUGUGUGUUGUCACUGUACCGUGCGCUGUAGUGUGUUGUGUUCAGGUCUCACAGUCAAACAUGGGUGGAAACAUUAACUCAAUAUUGUGGUGCUCCGGUGUGAGUUAUUGUCAUUUUGUCUGUUAUAUUGAAUGAAUUGAAGACAAAAUAUGACAGCUUUGUCAGAUAGUUUUUUUGUGUAGUAUACUUGUAGGUCUCAGUGGCAGUUAAAUACUUUUAAAGCCAGCCUUCACAGUCUGAACCUCUGUCUGUUGUAAUCUGACAAACACUUCUGUGCUGUUCUUUGUCAUACUGUAGUGCACCAGUUUUGGUGCCAGGACAUUUUCGUACUUUCAGCCUACUUGUAUGUGUUUGUCAUUUCAAGUUAUUCAGUAAACAUGGUCCUUGUGGUAAUCUUUUUAGGAUGACAUGCAUUACUGAACACAGAUGAACACAACUAUCAUGAAAACUGAUAUUUUGAAAUACAUUUUGCAAUGCAAGAGUGUUAAGAAAAUAAAAUAGUAAUGCAAGGAGAAACAAUGUA